UGGUAGCAUCAGCAACGCCGGGAAAGUUUAGAAGCUUCAUCGCAUCAGGGGAAAACGCCAUCGCUGACACAGGCUCUGACCCUGGCCAUAUAGGCUCCUCUGCUGGAGGACGGGGGCUCCAAACCUUCCUCCUGCUGGAUUAGUGAGAGCGAGCGAGAGCGAGAGAGAGCUAGAGAGAGAAACGAGAACGAGAACGUGAGAGAAACAUAGAGGAUUCAGCAUGGGGUCCAGCUCCUCUUCCUACGCCCCAAAAACCAUCUAUUUGGACGUGGAUGGAAAGGUUCAGAAGGUGGUUUUCAGUCGGCAUUGUAGCCCGUGUGACAUCAAGGAGCUCCUUUGUUCCUCGUCCAACAUCCCCAGGAAUACUGCCAUCAUGAUGGUGGAUCCUGAAGGGGCCCUGGUGUCCAUAGACCCGACCAUGCCUACCAACUCUCCCAACUCCUUGUACAAAGUCAUUUCUUUGUCCACCGGUCAGCUCGGAGAGAAAGAAGACAUGUUUCAAAAUGUGUUAUCUCAGGUGGCAGAGCAGUUCAGCAGGGCUUUCCGAAUCAACGAGCUGAAAACUGAGGUGACCAACAGACUGGCCAUGUUGGAGAAAAGAGUUGAGUUGGAGGGACUGAAGGUUGUGGAGAUUGAGAAGUGCAAAAAUGACCUAAAGAAACUACGAGAUGAGAUGACAUCCAGAGGCGGAGGGAGAGUCGGGAACUGUCCCUGCAAGUACAACUUCUCAGACGAUGGGAAGAAACUCAAUCCCAGACGUGAUGUCCCAAGUUAUCCAAAGUAUACCUUAUCCCAGGAGACUAUUGAAGCACUGAAGAAGCCAACAUUCGAUGUCUGGCAUUGGGAACACAACGAGAUGCUGAGCUGCUUGGAGUACAUGUACCAUGACUUGGGACUGGUGAAGGAAUUCAACAUGAACCCCAUCACUCUCAAACGCUGGCUGCUGGGCAUUCAGGAGAACUAUCGCAGCAACCCGUUCCACAACUUCCGCCACUGCUUCUGUGUCAGUCAGAUGAUGUAUGGCAUGAUUAACCUGUGUAACCUGCCGGAGAAGAUGACUCUGACGGACAUGGGCAUUCUCAUGACAGCUGCAGUGUGCCAUGACCUGGACCACCCCGGCUACAACAACACGUAUCAGAUCAAUGCUCGCACAGAGCUGGCUGUGCGUUACAACGAUAUAUCGCCCCUGGAGAACCAUCACUGUGCCGUGGCCUUCCAGAUCCUCUCGCUGCCCGAGUGCAACAUAUUUGCCAACGUCGAGUUGGAGGCCUACAAGCAGAUCAGACAGGCCAUCAUUACCCUGAUCUUGGCCACAGACAUGGCCCGGCAUGGAGAGAUAUUAGACUCCUUCAAACAUAAAGUGGACAGCUUUGACUUCACCAACGAGGAGCAUGUCACAUGCCUGAAGAUGGUUCUGAUCAAAUGCUGCGACAUCUCCAACGAGGUCCGGCCAACAGAGGUGGCCGAACCCUGGGUGGACUGUCUGCUGGAGGAGUACUUCAUGCAGAGUGACAGGGAGAAGACUGAAGGGCUGCCGGUGGCUCCGUUUAUGGACAGAGACAAAGUGACCAAGCCCACUGCCCAGAUCGGAUUCAUCAAGUUUGUCCUCAUCCCAAUGUUUGAGACAGUCCUGAAGCUCUUCCCCCAGAUUGAGGAGAUCAUGGUGCAGCCUCUGAGAGACUCGAGAGACCACUAUGAGGAGCUGAAGCAGAUCGAUGACGCCAUGACAGAGGCACAGAAGAAGAAAACGGAAAAUAUGUCAUUAGGAGGGAAGAAGAAGUAAGCUUUGCUGCUGCUGUGAGCACAGUGGUACUGUGGCUCUGGCUCUCGUUUUAUGAUCCAAAAAUUCAAAAAGGUUGUGGGUCGUCCUGAUCUGCGUCUUUGAAGACAAGAUGGAGGGUGAAAAGAGUUCUCUUCUACACACUGAGCCAGCCUCAGACUACAUGAAACACCCUGGGUGAUCUCCACUGUUUUGUUACGGACAUUACAGAAGGACAAUGUCUCUGUUUCAAUGUCCACACUAGCAUACUACUUAGGAUGAAGUCAUGUAUCAGGGACAUUGGAAUAUAGCCAAUGUGUGUUCUUGGUGUAGUCUGUAUUUUUUUCUUCUCAUUUUUACUGUAAUUUCUGAAAGCUAAUUGGUCAUUGUAGGUAUCAAUUAAUGUGUUCACACAGGCAGCCUAUUUCUGAUCUUUUUGCCCAAUAAUUGGCAAAAGAUCUGAUCGGAUUGAUCAAAAGACCAAACAUUUGGAAAAUUGGUCUGUCUGUGUAUACGCAGCCUAUUAUAAUUUCUUGAGUGACAAUUGGUCAUUGUAGGUAUCAACAUGCCAUAUUUUCUGCUUUCUGUUUUUAGUCACACUUGUUGAUGUUUCCUAUAUUACAAAUAGCAACUAAGUUGUAUGCUAGAACACUCUCUUUUCCUUUUCAGUUCUCCUAUUCAAAUGCAAAACUGUUUCUGAAACCGUUUGAAUAAAUUGACUCUUGAUUUAAA